UCUAACAAAUAUAGCCAGUAUCGUUUGGUCAUCCCAUUGCAAAUCGAAGGUGGUGACGGUUAUCAAAAUGACGCCAAGAACGCGUUCCAGUCGAGAACGGAGUGAUGAUGACGACACACCAUCGGAUCCAUAUCGUCAUCUCGUAUUGUUGGUAACGUUUCUCUUCCUCGUUCUUGAAGCUGGUAUUACCAAAGCGUUUGGAGUUCUUCUCACCCCAAUGGUUUUCCAGCUUGACAGCAAUUUUGCAAGUGUUGGCGUCGUAUUUUCUUUACCGUGGACAGUGGCACACUUUGGCGCGGUAUUCGUGAAGCCACUGGCCAGUAACAUUGGUCUAACCAAGAUAUCAACAGCUGGGGGGUUGAUAGCUGGAGUUGCCAUAACAACGUCCUCCUUCGCACGUACAACCUCGGCUCUCGGAACCCUCUUCUUUCUUUUUGGUAUUGGUCAAUGUAUGGUAUUAGUUCCAGCAAUCAUCUGUUUACAUGGUCACUAUAAAGGGGAUUUCGCAUUCGCCAGCUCCUUUGUCUUCAUGGGUUCCCUGACAGGAAUUCUCAUCUUGCCCAUCCUAACUAAUGUCUUGCUCGAAGCCUACGGACCACACCAAGCCCUUCUCUGCUUAGGUGGCCUUUGCCUUAACAUGUUACCAUUCGGUCUCGUCUUAAAAUUGCCAGAGGAAAGGCAAAAGAGACCGCCUGCGCCAGCACGUGAAUAUCUCCUAGAGGUCACUGGUACUGGUUCUUCAACUGACAAAGAGUUUGCUUCGGAUAAAAAUAUAAAUCAAACUAGCCAGUGUCAUAAUCUCUCUAAAAACACUGAAUAUUCCUCCAAUCUCACAAAUAAGAGCACAGAUCCAAAUGCUGACAUCGAUCGGUAUCUCGUCGGCAUACGAAGACGAUUCUUGGAGCUGCUGUCAGAUCUAAAGACAUUCCUUAUAGAAGCAAAGUUUUUCAUGGCUUUCGUUUUGCCAUGUGACACCCUGGGUGCAUUUACUGUCAUCAGCUGGACCAUUUUCAUCGUACCCUUUGCAAUCUCUGUCGGAAUCCCUGAAUCCAAAGCAGUCUUCGUUGGAACAAUGGGAGGUGUCGGUGGCCUGGUUGCAAGGAUGUUAAGCACUGUCAUCUUGUAUUUUCAUCCGACCUGGGUGUCUGGUCAAUACAACGUGUUCUGCUCCUUGACAUCUCUGAUGUUCUUCAUUCAACCCUUGAGGACGUCUUAUUCCUACAUCCUUGUCUGUUCCUUCUUCUUGGGCUUUGGUCUUUAUGGCAGCUCUUGCCUUAUUGAAGCAUUGAUUGCCAACGUCGUCAAGCCAAAUGUGUUUCCCGCAGCGAUGUCUAUCUCGUAUCUUUGCAAAGGCGUCAGUGCAGUCCUGACUACUUACAUUACUGGAUCGCUGUACGAUCUGACGCAAUCCAUUGAUAUACAAUUUCAUAUUCUUGGCGUCUUGCAGGCGAUCUGUGUCGGCAUCUUUAUCUCGCUCCUAGUCAUCAAGAAGCGAUCAGGGAGUACCCGAAGCAGAGAAUUAUGAUGAUUCAUUUAAGGAUUUUUUUUUUUACAAACCUGG